UAAUAAUGAUGGUGUAUAUGUCAAGGUGAAGGAAAUUCUGCAACCUCCAAGUCCUCACUUUCGCAUUAACUCUAGCGGAGAAGAAGCGAUGGCCAUGGGAGACCAACUAUGGCUACUGUAUCAGUUCGUCAACAACUAACGAAAUCGAUCGCACUCUCUGUAGCCACCCUCGCCUUAACCAUUCUCUUAGUUCUGUUUCAUUCCCCUCACCCAUCUUCUUCAACAAUCCCAGAUCCCAUGGCGGCUCGAAGCUUCAUCCUCUGGCUUCAUGGAUUAGGAGAUUCGGGUCCUGCCAACGAGCCAAUUAAGAAUCUCUUCACUUCCCCUGAGUUCAAGCGCACUUCCUGGUCUUUUCCCUCUGCUCCUAAGAACCCUGUCACGUGUAAUUAUGGUGCUGUAAUGCCUUCAUGGUUUGACAUUCAUGAGAUUCCAGUAUCUGCUGACACUCCAAAGGCUGAAAGCUCAGUACUUGAAGCAGUACAAAGUGUACAUGCAAAGAUAGACAAAGUGGUAGAUGGUGGCAUAAGUCCAAAUAACAUAUUUGUGUGUGGAUUCAGUCAAGGAGGUGCCUUAACAUUAGCCAGUGUUCUGCUAUAUCCAAAAACUCUAGGGGGAGGUGCUGUAUUUAGUGGAUGGGUUCCUUUCAACUCAACCAUUAUCGACCGAAUACAUCCAGAUGCAAAACGGACACCAAUUUUAUGGUCUCAUGGAAUUGACGACAGAACCGUAUUGUUCGAAGCUGGGCAAGCCGGGCUGCCGUUCCUUGAAAAGGCAGGACUAAGCUGUGAAUUUAAGGCUUAUCCCGGUCUUGGCCAUUCGAUAAGCAUGGAGGAGCUCAAACACCUUGAAUCAUGGAUCAAGAACCGUCUGCAAAGCUCUUCCUGAUGAACCCUUUUGCUGGAUCACAUUCAUCAUUUCCUGAUGUGGGAAGAUCUUUAUUAUUAUUUGACUUCGACAAAUUAUUGAACUCUAGUUAUACUAAUAAAUAUCAUUUUCUUGAACAACUUUUACACGCAGUCUUAUAAGAAAUUUGUUUGGAAAAGCUUCAAGUA